ACAACAACUGACUACGAGUGCAUGUACGGGAGAAAGAAGGGAUCACGGUAAGGGGGUGGGUGUACGGAGAGGUGGAGGAGGGAAGGGAAGAAGAGGAUCGAGGGAAAGGGACAGAAAAGAGGCAGACUCCUCGGGGUGUGGGCGGAUUGCACGCGUCUCUCGGUAAUGGAUCCCAUCGAUCAUCCCUUCGCGGGUAGAUGGUUUCUCUUCCUUUCUGCUCUCUCGUGGAUCGUCCAUUAGUCAAUUUCGUCGAUUACCGUGGCGACUUCGUCGAAUCAUGGGACGACCCCAAAAUAGUCGUGUCGAGGACGUGGAGGAGAAAAGAAAACGCCGCCACGAUGGCAAAAAGCCACUUCGUUGCGCAGACAUGGUGCAAAGUAUGUCAAGAAUCAUUUAUGUCCUUCAUGAUACGUAUAUGUAUUAUAUAAAAGAGUAAAUUAUUGGCGCGAGAUGCGAGGUUCUUGCUUGUACGAAAGAAUUGAAAUUUUUUUUCUCCGAAUGUAAAGUACAAGACAAAUUCUUCGAAUUUUCAAAAUUUUUCAGUAUUCGAAUUUCCACUAACAUUUAUCGGAAAAACGAAUAUAAUGUAACGAAGAUUCAAUAAUUCUCGUAUAGAGGAUAUAUGUACGAAGAAAACUCGGUAGAAAUCGAUACAAUUAAUCGGUUCCAGCGGGUUUGAAAUUCCACGGUGGAUCUGAUGCUCUCCCCGUUGCAUUUUUCUUUUCUUUUGAAGAACUUAUUGUCCGGCCGAUUUACGAGCGGUUGGCUGGCUCGGCGCGAGCGAGAUCCAUCCCGUUUCUCCAUCCACGCGACCGCCUCUUGUUCCACAGAGAUGAAAAUGGAGUAAUGCCGGGAGCGAUUCUGUGAUUUACCGUGGACCAACAUCCAGAAAGAGAUUCAACACACGUAUUGUGAACCGUGUGCAGAGGCCUUCUUCUUCUUAUUCCUCCUCUUCCUCCUCCUCCUCCUCCUCCUCUUCUUUCUGCUGUUCCUACCGGUUGGGAUCUCUGGAAAUGCCAGUGUGAUUUGUGCGACCGGUUACCGUUUUCAUUUGCAUAUCCCUAUCGGCUCUUUCGUACAUUGUUAUCUUCGUUGCCACGUGAUUCUCUGGUCUAAUAGCCUGACAUGAAGUAAUCCCGGUAGUCCUCUCCUCUCUAUUUCGAGGAACGUUAUAUGGAUGUGUUGGAUCAUCGGUCACGUUAUUUGGAUAGUUAAUCGAUUUUUUUGUUCUCUUUUUUUUUCCUCGUUUGUUUUUUUUUUUUUCGUGAGAUUCGUUUGGUUCUUAUCCUUUGAUAUAGAAGACAGGAUGAUGUGAUUUAAACGAAAAGUCGAAGUAUCGAGCUAUAUUAUCCCAUCGAUAUUGUAUAAAUUCAUUACAUAUUAUCUUUUCCAUCCCAUCCAUUGGCUUACAAUUAUAAGGCAAUCACACGUAUCAAAUUUCGCGCGAUAUUUUUCGAAACAUCCAUUGGAGAGUUUAUUUUUCAAACUUUCGUAUUUCAAUUAUAGUUUAUGAUACAAACGGUGUCCACGUUGAACCAGCUUUUCUUUCUUUUUCCACUGAUAUGAUUGCAGUGAGGACGCUGGGCGUAGCGGCGACGAAAUGAAGCAUGCAGCAUGCGUGGUAGCGGUGUCACGGCUGCGCGGUCCUGCCUUCAACCCCUGGUGUCCGCCAGCCGCUACCUCGCCGUUCAAGCCCUUCCUGGUGAUCCUCUUUACUUCGUCGUUGAGGCGAAGUCGAGAGUGAAGGAGGUGUACGCGCAGACAUGCAUGCUUCUCGGCCAGCAGGGCAUGCGAGACUGCGAACUGUUCGGCCUGGCAAUAUUGUCCGACGGCGAGUACCUGUUCGUCGAUCCCGAGAAUAAAUUAAGCAAAUACGCGCCGAAAAACUGGCGAAGCUCUCAUACAUACGGCUUGGACAGCAGCGGAAGGCCAGCUUUCGUCCUCUACUUUCGCGUCCGCUACUACGUCGACACACCGUUGCUCCUAAGCGAUGAAACGACGCGUCACCACUAUUACCUGCAACUGCGCGACAAUGUCGUCAGGCAUGGCGGUGGGGUGGAGAGCCUCCAUCCUCACCAUCCCUUGCAUGAACCUUCUAUCGUUACGCCCCUGCUCACACUCGCGGGUCUCGCCCUACAAGCCGAUCUUGGCGACUAUUCCGAGGAACGACACAGACCCCACGCAGGACCUGUGGGAUAUUGCAAACCUACGGAUUACCUUCCGCCUCACAUGUGCCUCGAGUCGAAUGUGCUCGCCGUGCUCGCGGCACAGCACAGGGACAAUCGGGGCCUCUCGAGGGAGGAGGCAGAGUUGCAAUACAUUCGGGAGGCGGUGCUGCUGGAGGCGCCGCUCAACGCUCACCUCUAUCGGUUACGAAGAAGCAAGAACGAGGCAGGUCCUGGACGUAUACUCCUCGCGAUUUGCGCUCGUGGGGUGCGAGUCUACGCCGAGGAGGAGACACCGCGUGUCUUUGCCUGGAACAAUAUCGGCAAACUUUGCUUCGACGUUAGUUUUGUCAUCCUUUCUUUAAAUAUUACAACUCAAGCUGAUAUUGCUCUUCCAAUUUUUGUUGUUAGUCUAUACAAAUUGAUUUAUGACGAAAUUCUUCUGUUUUAUUGCGUUUAUACACAGCGCAAGAAGUUUGAGAUACGCGCAGUCGAUCAGCCGGACAAGCUCACCCUCUAUAGUGGGUGCGAUGACAAAAGCAAAUUGCUUCUGGGACUCUGUCGAGACACCCAUCAGUUCUCCAUGGCCAUAGCACCUAGAGUAAAUGAAGCGAAGAGGCGAGAAGAGGAGGAGAGAAAAGUACUUCGCGACUGCUAUAUGUAUCCUGCGCGAUGUAAGCUGAGUUUAACAGCACGAGGGGCGCGCGGUGACCAACGAAUUUCUGUUAUCUCGAGCACAUCGUCUAACACAACUUCUGGAAUUGUUAGCGAUCGAGUUCAUAGCGAGGACGAGCCGGAUACGGCGCCCGCUUCGACUGAAUGUCUGCCACGUCUUACUGAAAAUACUUCACACUCCGGUGUUCAAUGCGGUGUAAAUGGAUCGAAUGCAGACGUCGAGGAUCGUUCCAUGCCGUCAUCCCCAGUCUCCACUGUGGAUGAAGUUGAUGGUACGGACAGCACUCCUACAACAGUUGCGUUACGAUUAGCAUCGAGUGCAGCUACGGCGGCUGAAGGGUCACAAUGUAGCAGCAGCUGCAGUACGGUCGUGGUUGUGAAUACACCUGCUGGUGGACCGCCACGAAUGCGGCGCACAUCCGCGACUUCCAGUUUGGAGCUUGGUUAUUCGCAUACGGCACAGAAUUCAGCAGUUUCGUCAGAAACUGCUAGCUUUCCUGGCGCCAUUUACGACAGGUGCAAGAAAGGUGGUAAAUACGCAGGCACUGAUAUUGCGAGUGAAACUAGUGGAGUCUAUACACUCAGGAGUAGUGAAAUGCAAGAUGAAAGAAUGGGAGAUCUAUAUUCACCUACUGGUGAUGUCAAUGGAUCUUCCACAGCGAGUGACGUGUGUGCCUUAAGUUCCGUACAGUCUACAACCGAUGAAGCUUCCGUAACAUCCGGUUUUUAUACCAUACACAGUGGUCUUAGAUCUGAAACUAGCGACGUUUAUACGGAAGAUGUGAGUACAGAAGAUCAAGAACCUAUUUACAGCGUCUGUAAAGGUGAUGAAGAUGUCAAUAACAUGAUGUCUACAAUCUCGGCAGUCCCUUUGGAUCAACAACUCGAAGAUUCUAGAUCACGUAGCAAUAGUAUACUUAGUGCAGGAAGCUUCAGAGGUGACGGCAGUGAUCCUUCUAGUGUUGGACCUCUGUUAUCAGCCGAUGAACUUUCUGACUUGAUUGUUGGACGUUAUCCCCCUCGAAAAACUAUUAGCAAUUCUAUGGACUCUGAUUGCGAUUACGUUACUAUGCCUCCACCACCUCCACCACCUAGGACCGAUAGCGACAGACAACUUCCUCCACCUCCUCCUUACCCAGUGAACAUGGAUUAUGCAACAAUAAAUUCACCACGGUCGAACAUACCCGAUAUUGAAAGAGAACCUCCACCUCCACCACCAUAUAAUGCUACUCGCGGUGAAUUUAUACCUUUGCCACCACGAAGAACUGAUCCACCACCACCGCCACCAUAUACUUCACCAAGAGAAAGAAUUCAAAUACCACCGCCUACACCUCCAAGAAACGAUGCGGUGACACCUAGAGAACCUCCACCUCCACCACCUUAUCCUGAAGUUCCGGAGGUUACUCGACAAGAAGCAAUUUCCAAAUUGUAUCCAAGUGAAGAAAUCGUGUCAAGGGUAACAUCGACGAAAAUACAAACGGGUCUAACAAAUACCAAAAUGAAUGCCACUUUGACAGCUUCAAAGACUACCAACACCAUUCAAACAAACGACAUUGCGUCAAUCGCUCCGAAACCACCACCUAGAAUUCAACCACCCACUUAUCCUGGUGACAAAAUGAAACCUACGCCGGUUCAUGCUCCCGUCGCAGCUCUUGUUGUUGGACCAAACAAUUAUUUGGAUGUUCAUGCUUCACGAGGUGGUCCAGUUUUGUUACCUUAUUUAACGCCACCACCACCUCCGCCACCUCCUCCACCACCCAUGAUACAUCCUAGACAGCCCCCGCCUCCACCACCCAGCUUAGCUACGGUUUACACGAGUCAAGUUGCGAGAUCGCAGAUCGAACAAUAUAAACAACAACUAUAUUCAGACGUUGAUUACGUAAUGUUUCCUUUAAAAGAUCCCGCAGUGUCGAAACAAGAGUACAUUGACGCAAAGCAAGGAUCACUUUUGGCAGCCAUGGCUGCUUAUCCUCCUCCUCCUUAUCCUUCGUUUAAUAAUAAAUCAUUGGUAAUGUAUCGUAGCACACCAUACCUUCCUGGUUCCUCGUUUUCAUCACCCACAAAAUACGCUUCAAAUCAAAAUCUCAGUAGCAGCGACACGAGCUCUAAUAAUUACUUACCGCAUAGUAAUCUGAGUAGCCACUAUGCUGCUAGUACAAGUUCGUUAUAUAGUGGAGCUACUUGUUCAUCGGCAGGAAGUCAAAGUCUUAGACGUGAACCAUCAGCCGCAGCUCAUACUCAUACGCUCCACGCUUUCUCCAGAACAAGAAGCGACGAGAACAUAUUAAAGUGUUUCGAUUCAUCUACUAAUACAAAACUGCAAUCUCUGCCGCAAUUGAAACAUCGCAGACUUCCGCCACCUCCACCGCCACCACCUUACGAAAUUCAGAAUCUUGAAAAGAAUCAACCACUUCCGUCCGCUUCUUCGUCAUCUUCUUCACCGAAGAAGACGUUAAAAACAAAUACUUUGGAGGAACGUGAAGAAGGGAAAGAAGACGGAAUGUUGGAUAUUCGAACACUUCGCGAAAAAAGCCGUAAUUUAGAUUUGCCACUAAUAUCAGCAUUAUGUAAUGAUCGAUAUCUAUUAAAACAAACGAAAGCAUUCGUUAUGCCCAAGCAUCCUGCUGAGCCGACUUCCUCGACGUCUUCAAAGAACGGCACGCGAAGCAGCAAUGGCGGAACAUCUAGUAGAAAUAAAUAUCCAGUUAGUGGUCUUUCUACAACGCAAAUCACUAAACCCCCGAGGAAAUCAUCGACGAGUACUCACAAACACCCCGCCGAGGUGAAGGGCAAUGCUUAUAAGAUCACGAAUUCGACAGGUGUGUCGGCUGUUAAAAAGGAUCCGACAAGGGCGUCACAUUCGUAAUAGACAAUAAAGAAAAAGAAAUAGAGUUUAUCAGUUUUGCGACGCUAUGAAAAUUUUAUACCUCGAUCAAAGUACAUUCCACAAAGCUGUUCAAACGAUUCCAUAACUGUUAUACUCUAUCCAUAAAAUAACAGAUAGCAGCGAAAAAAAGGUCUUAA